AGGAUAUAAAAAUAGAUAUGUAUUAGAACGACACAGAUGGUGUGAAUUGACAAAAAGAAAAGGAGAACGUGAUUUAAACGGCUUUUGAGUUUUUAUGAAUCGUUUAUUUUCUAUUGGUGGCCGAAUGAAGUACUGUAGUCAUUAAUUUUAUUUUAUAUUAUAUUCCACUAUAUAGUUCAGAAGGGUGCUUGCUUUUUUAACAUUUCCAGAAUCUGGAUUCUGGUCAAAGAUAUCGGGUCUUCUUGCUUUUUAACAUUUUGAGAGUGAGAGAGAAGAAGGAAACAUCCGUGUAUGGUAUCGGGAGGGUUCUCUUGCGAAUCAAUAGAGGGCUAAGGGAUUUAAAGAUAUGAUUUUUAUGAUCCCCGGGUUUUAAAUGAUAUAUCUCUGAAAAUGGAUGAUGUAGAGAAGCAGACAUAGUGGGUAUAUUGGUGUGAUAGAGUGGUUGGAGUGGAGCUUAUUGUUGUUAUUAAUAUUUGAUAGACAAGUAAGUAUUUAUGGGGAAAAAGAAGCGACAAAAAACGAAGGAGCUUUCCAUAGCGAUAGCUGAGGCUUCAUCCACAGCCACAGGAGGUGACACCGGGGAACAAGAAAUCCAACCUCAGCCUCCUCGAAAAAGAGGCAGGCCUCGUAAGGUUGUUGUGGAAACUGAAAGCCAAGAGAAAAAAGUUGAAUCAAUAGAGGAACCAGCACCAACACAAGGCACUGAGAGCUCAACAAAGAAAGAAGAACAGCGAGAAGAGGGAGUGUUUGACGAGAUUCAACUCCCAAAAGGGGAGACCUCGAGAAGCAGGGCCAGGCGGAAAAGCAAACCCAGAAAAAGCACAUAAAAAUUAUUACUUUUUUUUUUCUCUCUUUCUCUCUAUUUAUAAUUUCUUUACUUUUUCUUCUUCAGAACGAAGAAAUAGAAAGAAAUUCUUGGGUUCCUCGGUUUGUCAUCUUUUUUAAGGAUUGAUAUUAAAAACCGUCUUAUUAUUGGGGAACAAGUAUACAUAUAACUUUCUCUUCAUGUUCUUAAUCAGUUUAUAUAAUCCCUAUGCUUGCUUUGUUAUAUA